CGGUGCUGGUGCGGUUGCAUCCGGUUGCGUGCCGUCGUACGUGAAACGGUGGUUCGCAUCCUUUCGCUGAGUUUACUCAACGCGCCUACCAUCCACGCUUCUUACACACUCAAGGAUAUUUGACAGAUUCAAUCACACUGCAUCUGUGUGUGUGUUUGUGUAUUUAUUUGUGCUUGUGUAUGCGUUAGUGCUCGUUACGUGCUCGGUGACGUUAAGGAACUCGAACACCGUUUGUUGACUGAUUUUAAUAGCAGUUCGGUUCGCAUUGUUGUAUCGGUCAGGGAAAAGCAAUUCCUGCAUCCCGUCUUAGUACUGCAAUCAACCAAAUCCUCUUGGGAAAGUUCGUUUAUAACAAAAAAAUAAAUAAAAUAAUAAAACAGAACGACAGACAUUAUUACGGGAGAGCCAAUAUACCAUAAUCGAGAGCAUGUUCUUCGUGUUGGGUCUUCGAACCCAAUUGACGUACCGUGGUGUAGUGCGUAGAUUUUAGAAGAGAACAGUGUUCGUAUUUUGUGUAAAGGGAGAAAAAAAACUAAACCCCCUUUUUCCUAAGGGGAAUGGCAACGUGGAAAACCAAAACAUCAGCACACUAACACUAGCGUCCAUCAACCAAAAAGCCUAGCAGCAGCAGUGGCAGUAGGUACAGCAUCAUUCAACCGACACAGCACUGGCGUAGUGCAUAAAUAACGCAGCGCGUGCUCUUCACGUUCCUUCCUUUUUUUUUGUUGUUGGUUGCUGUCCGUGUAUUUCAUCCCUCCCAUAGUAUACGCACACAUUCGCACACGGGUGCGUGUGUUAGUGGUGGUAAGCGUUCUUGAAGCUGAUAGAACCAGGAAAAGCGCGCAGGAGCCCGACGCAGUGAGCUGCCGCAGUGAGACGUGAGACCAUACACACUCACACACACACACACGCCGUACCGAGAGCGCGUUUCGGGUGAGCAGCCGGUGAGCGUGCGGUGAGUGAGCAGCGGGCUCGAAAUCGGGCCGUGAGUGCCCAGGACCGCGGAGGUUUGUGAUGGCGACGGUCGACGGUCGGUACGCUUACCGGCGGUGGCGCGACUACUAUUGCUGUUGGGUCACCCUGCUGGCCCUGUUCGGAACUGGACCCACCCGCGCAUUACCGGACGCGAUCCGGAUCGGUGGACUGUUCCAUCCCGACGAUGACCAUCAGGAGAUUGCGUUCCGCUACGCAGUGGAAAAGAUUAACUCCGACCGUACGAUACUGCCCCGUUCAAAGUUGCUAGCCCAGAUCGAACGGAUCUCACCGCAGGACAGCUUUCUCGCAUCGAAGCGCGUGUGCCAUUUGUUGGGUGUCGGUGUUGCCGCCAUCUUUGGACCACAAUCGUCACACACUGCCAGCCAUGUGCAGAGUAUUUGCGAUACGAUGGAGAUUCCCCACCUGGAGACACGCUGGGAUUAUCGGUUACGACGGGAAAGCUGCUUAGUUAAUCUUUACCCUCAUCCGAGCACACUGUCAAAGGCAUACGUUGAUCUGGUGGCGGCCUGGGGCUGGAAGUCGUUCACCAUCAUCUACGAAACGAACGAAGGUUUGGUGCGCAUGCAGGAACUGCUGAAGGCGCACGGACUCUCCGACUAUCCCAUCACCGUGCGGCAGCUAAGCGAUUCCGGCGAUUACCGACCGCUGCUGAAGCAGAUCAAAAACUCGGCUGAAUCGCACAUCGUGCUGGACUGUUCGACCGAACGGAUCUACGAGGUACUGAAGCAGGCGCAGCAGAUCGGCAUGAUGAGCGACUAUCACAGCUACCUCAUCACGUCUCUGGAUCUGCAUACCAUCAAUCUGGACGAGUUCAAGUACGGCGGUACCAACAUUACCGCAUUCCGGCUGGUCGAUCCGGAAAAUCCGGAGGUAGCGCAAGCCAUCCACAACUGGACGAUCGGUGAGGCACGGCUCGGCAAAAAGGUUGACUUCAAAACAGCGGAAAACGUGACCGUGAUCAAGGCGGAAACGGCACUGAUGUAUGAUGCGGUGCAUCUGUUUGCGAAAGCACUGCACGAUCUGGACACCAGCCAGCAGAUUGACAUUCAUCCGCUGUCAUGCGACACCCAGGAUACGUGGCCACACGGAUACAGCCUAAUAAAUUAUAUGAAAAUCGUUGAAAUGCGUGGCCUAACCGAUGUCAUCAAGUUCGACCAUCAAGGUUUCCGGAGUGACUUCGUGCUGGACAUUGUGGAGCUUGGGCCGCAGGGAUUGCGCAAAAGCGGCACCUGGAACUCGACGUCCGGCGUGAACUUUACGCGCACGUACGGCGAACAGCAGAAGGAGAUCGUCGAGAUACUGCAGAACAAGACGCUGAUCGUGACGACGAUACUGAGCGCACCGUACUGCAUGCGGAAGGAUUCGGCGGAAAAGCUUACUGGGAACUCGCAGUUUGAGGGUUACGCAAUCGAUCUGAUACAUGAGAUCUCGAAGAUAUUGGGCUUUAACUAUACGAUACGGUUAGCGCCGGAUGGACGGUACGGAAGUCACAACAAAGAGACGGGCGAAUGGGAUGGAAUGAUCAAGGAACUGUUGGAGCAACGGGCAGACUUGGCAAUUGCCGAUCUCACCAUCACCUUCGACCGUGAGCAGGUGGUCGACUUCACGAUGCCAUUCAUGAACCUCGGCAUCUCGGUCCUGUACCGGAAACCGGUCAAACAGCCACCCAAUCUGUUCUCCUUCCUAUCACCACUCUCGCUCGACGUCUGGAUCUACAUGGCAACAGCUUACCUCGGUGUUUCGGUGCUUCUCUUCAUUCUAGCGCGCUUCACGCCAUACGAGUGGCCAACGCCGAACCCGUGCGAUCCGCACCCGGAAAAGCUGCAAACCCAAUUCACGCUGAUGAACUGUAUGUGGUUCGCGAUCGGUUCGCUGAUGCAGCAGGGGUGCGAUUUUCUGCCCAAGGCCAUAUCGACACGGAUGGUUGCCGGGAUGUGGUGGUUCUUUACGCUGAUCAUGAUCUCCUCUUACACGGCCAAUCUGGCCGCCUUCCUUACGGUCGAGCGGAUGGACUCACCGAUCGAGUCAGCUGAAGAUUUGGCAAAGCAGACGAAAAUCAAGUACGGUGCGUUGCGCGGUGGCAGUACGGCUGCCUUCUUCCGGGACUCGAACUUUACGACGUAUCAGCGCAUGUGGUCGUUUAUGGAAUCGGCUCGCCCGUCCGUGUUUACCGCAAGCAACAUCGAGGGUGUGGAGCGUGUGGUGAAGGGUAAGGGAAGUUACGCGUUCCUGAUGGAGUCUACGUCGAUCGAGUACGUGAUCGAGCGGAACUGUGAGCUGACACAGGUGGGCGGCAUGCUCGACUCGAAGGGCUACGGAAUUGCAAUGCCUCCAAACUCACCGUUCCGCACGGCGAUCAGUGGUGCAGUUCUGAAGCUACAAGAGGAAGGGAAACUUCACAUCCUGAAAACACGCUGGUGGAAGGAAAAGCGUGGAGGUGGAUCCUGCAGGGACGACACGUCUAAAUCGAGCUCAACUGCAAACGAGCUGGGGCUGGCAAAUGUGGGCGGCGUUUUUGUCGUGCUGAUGGGCGGUAUGGGUGUUGCGUGCGUUAUCGCCGUGUGUGAGUUCGUCUGGAAAAGCAGAAAGGUGGCGGUCGAGGAACGGGAACCAUACCAAAAAAAGCAUCCCAAAGAGUGUAGAUUCGAAUAGAUCACGCUCAAACGGCUCUAUCGCUCAUCCCAGGUACAUCGUGAGCCCAUUUCUGACACAAAUGUUUUAAUACGUUCCAAGACAGACAACACUACAGACCCAUUAGUCCUUGUACAAUGCUCAAGUAGAAGGUCCCGGUUUGGCUAGUAUCGAAUCUGGGGCUUCAGUUUAGAUCAUCCAACGCUACGGUACAUGUUGUGCAGACCAACUCUUUAUAUUACUCCAUCACACAAUGCUAGAUAAAUUAAAUUUUCCACCACCACACUGGUAGCGGGUGAUGGUUUCCGUUUCUGUCCGGACCAACUAGCCAGCGAAAACCGUAACGGAACUAGACAUAAUGCGGAAACGCACGGAAACACUUAAAACGGUACGAAUGCACACGUUUUGCAGUAGUUGCAGUGCAGAAGGAAAGCAUGUGUAAAAUAUCAUCAUUUCAUUGAUUCUUGCAAACGCAACCAAACAGCAAACAACAAAACAACAUGGAAGCACCACGAUAUGGUUUCCUAGGGAAGAUAAAUAGAUCUAGCAAAACACUUUUACCACGCAAAUCACUGAAGUAAGCGCUAAGCUCUUUACCGUUUUAUCUUUUUGUUAAGUUUUUCCUUCGUUUUUGUUUCGUUCUGUUAUCUCAUCAUCUAAUCUCUCUUUAGUUUUCUACUUUUAUUAACUACUACUUUUAUUACUUCCCUUUUAUUAACUUUUC